AUGAUCAACCUCUGGAGCCAGAAGAAAGAGGCGGACGAGGCGAAGAAGCAGCGGCCAAAGACCUCGCCUGCGCAGCUGCGUGUGCAGAAGGACCUCACGGAGCUCGAGCUGCCGAGCACGAUGCAGACCCAGUUUCCGAACCCUUCCGAUACGAUGAACUUUACGCUGACCAUCACGCCGGACGAGGGCAUGUACAAAGGGGGUGCAUUCAGGUUUACGAUUGCGAUCAACAACAACUAUCCCCACGACCCGCCCAAGGUGAAGUGCGUGCAAAAGCUCUACCACCCGAACCUCGACCUGGAGGGGAACGUGUGCUUAAACAUUCUGCGCGAGGAGUGGAACCCGAUCCUGAACCUCAACUCGGUGCUCGUCGGCCUGCAGUUCCUGUUUCUCGACCCUAAUCCCGACGACCCGCUGAACAAGGAGGCCGCCGAGGAUCUGCGCCGCGACCGCGCGGCGUUUGCCAACAAUGUGCGCCGCGCGCUCGCGGGUGGCACACUAAGUACGUGGUGUGACUAA